AUGCUCUCUCGCGGGCUCCGUCCUCAAACCCGACGACUCCAUGCCACACUUGUCCGCGGGCACCUCAUAGGCCCCUCCGACCCCGUCUCGAACCUCCGGCCGGUCAUCUACGACGAUGCGGUGCCCGAAUUGCGCACGGACGUCACGCACCCGUACUCGCUGAGGGAGUUCGCGGGCGACACGCAGGAGUACCAGUGGAAGAUGCAGCGGCAGCAGCUCGACGCAUAUAAUCACCUCUUCUGGACCGACAGCAACUUACGCUUCGCAGCGGCGAAGCGCGCGUUCCUCGACAGCCUCCCGGAGUCGUACGCCGCGGAAGAUCGCGAGUUCGCGCUGUCGGGGUUUUACAGGCGGUGGGCGGAGCAGGAGACGGUGCGCCAGAGCGCGUACAGCGCGGAGUGGCGCCGGCGCAACUGGGCGAGCGUCCUCCUCGGCGCGCGGCUUGCGUACGAGCGGGUGAUGGCGAGGGUCGAGCACCCGUUCGGAAGCGGGAAGCCAGACAGAGAAGAGUAA